UUUGCUUCCGGUGCAAUUUAGUGAACAGAUCUUCAACAGGAAAAAGGCAAGUCCAGGUUCCAAAUGUUCCACAAGCUCGGUUUCUUCCGUAGACUGCUCAGCGCGCGUAAGAAACAUUGAACAAGCGAGGAACGAACCGCAACAACGCGGAAACCACAUGCCUGGAAACAAAGUCCUCCGGUCAAUGUCGAGCUGGACUUCAGGUCAAUGCAAAGGGACAUGAAGAAUUUUUCCAAUGUUUCUUCCACCAGCAGGCUUGGUGCCAUUUUUUAACCCCCAAAUAAGACGCAGUCUCGCAGCUAGAAGCUAGUAGCCCUCAUGAGAAUGAUGGCAUCCUCUUCUUCUCUUCUCCUCCAAUUCCUUGCUCCCCUCCUCCUGCCACUACUGUUAAUUAGCCCUUCUUACGCUCAAAGUCACCGCAAUAUAAGCUUGGGCUCCUUGCUCACCCCCCUCGGUCGAAACACCUCCUGGCUCUCCCCCUCCGGCGAGUUUGCAUUUGGGUUUCAUCCCCUCGAGAACAGUAACCUCUUUUUGCUCGCCAUCUGGUUCGAGAAGACAGCAGAGAAGGCUGUAGUCUGGUGCGCAAAUAGAGACAAACCGAUGCAAUACGGGUCCACGGCGGAGCUCACCACCGACGGGCAGCUCCUGCUCAAGGACCACAGUGGCCAGGAGGUGUGGAACGCCACCAUCAACAAUGCUUCCUACGCUGCUAUGCUCGAUACCGGUAACUUCGUGCUUGUCGGCGCUGAUGACUCUGUUAAUUGGCAGAGCUUCGACACUCCUACUGACACCAUCUUGCCCUCCCAAGUCCUGGAUCCGGGGACUGAGCUCCAGGCUCGUCUAACGGCCACCGACUACUCCAGUGGAAGGUUUAAGCUCAGUUUCCAGGACGGCGGCAAUCUGGUGUUAUACACAGCGGCCGUUCCUUCGGGCAAUCAGUCUGAUACUUACUGGACGAGCGACGUCACUGUCAGAAAUGGAUCAAAGCUCGUCUUCAAUGAGUCGGGCAGCAUCUACUUCACUCAAAAGAAUGGUACCAUAUUCAAUUCUACCUCCGCGACGAUGGAGCAGAUGAAGGAUUUCUACCAGAGGGCGACCCUCGACUUCGACGGCGUCUUCAGGCACUACGUCCACCCGAGGAACGGGACGAGGAAAGGGAGCUGGAACGAGAGCUGGACUCCUGUGUAUAUCCAGCCUCCAGACAUCUGCCAAGCAAUCACCGCCAAGACCGGCGGCGGGGCUUGUGGGUACAACAGCCACUGCAUCUUUGAGGGGCUGUACGCCGACUGCGAGUGCCCACCUUCGUAUUCCUUUUUCGAUCCAAGUAGGAAGUACAAAGGGUGCAAGCCGGAUUUCGCUGCCCAAAGUUGCGACGCAGAUGAGAAGGAGAUAGAGGCACUUUAUGAAUUCCAACCGAUGAUCGGUUGGGAUUGGCCAUUAUCCGAAUACGAACAGCUCUACCCCAUAGAGGAAGACCAGUGCAGAAAGGAAUGCUUGAGUGAUUGUUUCUGUGUCGCUGCCACUUAUAAUGACUGGAAUUGUACCAAGAUGAACGCCCCCCUCUCUAAUGGAAAGACGGGCAGCUCUCCCAAGACGAAGUCUCUCAUCAAAGUACCCAGAAGUAAUACUACCCAGUUCCCACCUCCUAUUCCAAUUGGAGAGAGGAAAGAUAAGAAGUCUUGGACGAGGACUGGAUGGCUGCUUCUAGGGACCUCUGCCCUUAUCAACAUUUUGCUCGUCGCUGCUCUUCUUCUUUUUGCCUUCCACUCCUACAAGAAAAGGAUUCACAGUCUUCAGCCUAAUUCGAGUGGGACAGGGAUGGGUCUUCGUUCUCUCACCUACAGAGAGCUCCAAGAAGCCACGAAUAAUUUCAGCGAGCAACUGGAUUAUGGAGGUCCCGGUGCAGCUUACAAGGGCUACAUGCUAGAUGAUUCUAGUACUCGUGUGGCAGUAAAAAGAAUCGAGAAUCUCUUGCCAGACGCGGAGGGGGAGUUCAUCAAUAUAGUCAAAGCCAUUGGCCAGGUUUCCCAUAAGAAUCUGGUCCGAUUGCUUGGGUUCUGCGACGAAGGAACCGAGCGAUUCCUGGUAUACGAGUUCCUGAGCACUGGCCCGUUGAGGAGCUUCCUCUUUGGAAAUGUCCGGCUAAAAUGGAACCAACGAAUCCAGGUCGCCUUGGGAAUUGCAAGAGGACUCCUAUACUUGCAUGAAGAGUGCGGCAGUCAAAUCAUCCACUGUGCCAUACAGCCUCGAAACAUCCUCUUGGACGACAAUUUUGUUGCGAAGAUUUCCAACUUUGAAUUUGGAAAACUUCUGAGGGCUGAUCAGACGCGAGCAGACAUCGCGGUCAGAGGGACCGCAGGGUAUAUUGCACCGGAGUGGUUCAAGAACAUGGGGAUCACAGCAAAGGUGGAUGUGUAUAGCUUCGGCGUCAUGUUGCUGGAGAUUGUAUGCUGCCGGAAGAAUUUGGAACCAGCGGUGGAGAACGAUGAGGCCGCGAUACUGACAAACUGGGUUAAUUCUUGCUAUAGAAAUCGGAGGUUGGACAUGGUGGUGGGGGGUGAUGAAGAGGCCAUCUUCGACCUGAGGAGGGUGGAGAGGUUCGUGACGGUGGCCCUUUGGUGCGUCCAAGAGGAGCCAUCGCUGAGGCCUACGAUGUGGAAGGUGGCUCAGAUGCUAGACGGAGCCGCUACAGUCCCUGUGCCACCUGACCCUUCUUCAUACAUCAGUUCGAUCCAGUAAGUUACUGUCCAUGUCAUGCAAAUUAUGGUGAUAAAAUUAAGCAGUUUCUACCAAGUACGUGUGUCUUAGCUCCUGAAUUAAUAUUGAAUUACUAGUAGAGUAUUUUAUUCUGAAAAAAAGAAAUAAUCGGAGAUGUGAAGAAAGAAGUAUAGUGUUUCUUCUUAUUCUUAUGCUUCCUUAUAGCUAUCUUAAUGUUUUUCUAUUUGAUUGGUAGUCUGAUGAAAUGCGGUUCUGCUAUAGUUUCUUCUAAGAGGCUUCAACAUUUAA